UGUGAACAUGAUUGAGUGUCAGAAUGAGCAAUGUCUGCAGCACAGCACGACAGCACGACCACUGGAAUGCAGACAUCGCUCCACCUGUUCCUGAAACGCUGAGUCACAGCUGCUUCUGAAAACAGGUGUGUCUCAGUCAGUCCUGCAGGAAGUCCCAGGACGCAAGUCGCUCGCAGUGUCGAGGAUAGUGAGAAUGGAGGCUUUAAACUGAAGGUGACGUGGAGUCGACAGUUCUCAAUUGUUUCCUUUCUGCCCCCCUGCUGGUGAACCAUGGCACAAUCGGCUUUAGCAACUCGAGCAUCAGAAUUGAGGAUCGUGGUGUUUGGAAAAUGUCAACAAGAGCAAACUCUACUGAGCUCAUUCAUCAAAGGGCAAAGUGAGGUAUCUCACAGUAUAAAGAAGAAGUCAGUUGUCCGCAGUGAGUGGGAGAAAAUCCCACUGUCUGUGGUGAAAACCUCCAACGUAUACAGCAUGCCGAUGGAAAAACUGAAGCAUGAAAUAAAGAAGUGUGUCGCUCAAUGCCCGCCAGGACCGAAUGUCGUACUGCUGUUGGUGAAACCCUCGGACUUCACCGAAGAAAACAGUCACACAAUCAGGUGUGUUUUGAGCCACUUUGGGCAGAAGGUCUACAGACACAGCAUGAUCAUCGUGACCGAAAUCUACAUUGGAGGAAACCCAGCUCUGGACGGUAUCAUCCAAGAAUUUGGUCAAAAUCAACACAAUGUUGAUUUUGGCAAUGAAGAUUUUUCUCAGAAUCACCUUCUGCCCCUGAUGGAGAAAAUUGAAAAGAUUGUGAGGGACAACAGAGGGGAGUCGCUGAAUUAUCAAGAAGGAGAUGAUGCCCUGAAGCUCCCUUCCGAACCUACCCUCAAUCUGAUCCUGUUUGGAGGAUUUCAGACUGGGAAGUCUGCCAUUGCUGCUGCACUUCUUGGGGACACUGGACCUCUCAAAUCUGGAGUUAAAUAUGAUGCUGAGGUGGGGGGAGACAAGCUUGCUCUGGUGGAGCUGCCUGCCUUGUACGGUAAAUCUUCGAAGGAAGCGAUGAGUGAAAUAUUACAAUGUGCUUCCCUGUUUCCAGAGGGCGUCCAUGCUUUUGUCCUGGUCCUUCCUUUGGGACCCCUCACCAAGGAAAACCUCGAAGAGUUGAAGACAAUCCAGAAACAAGCUAAUGACUACACAAUGAUCCUCUUCGCCACUGACUCCAGUCCUUCAGAUCCCCGAGUCCGUCAGUACAUACAGGCCAAAGAGGAAAUCCAGGAGCUCUGUCAGAACUUCCGGGGUAGACAUCUGGUCCUCAACCCAGCAGACGGCCAACAGAUACUUGAGUUUUUGGAUACCAUCAAAAGCAUGAAAGUUGGGAGAGCUACUGGGUUCCAACAUAAAAUGAUGCCAAGAUCUUGUGGUGGACUAGUGGAUGAGGCAGAAGAAACCAUGACAGACAUGCUCAGGUUGGUGUUGAUCGGGAAGACUGGUUGUGGAAAGAGCGCCACUGCAAACACAAUUUUGGGCUUUGAGGAAUUUGAAUCAAAAUGUGGCAUGCGGUCGGUAACAACAAAGUGCCAAAAAGCUCAAGUGACGGUGGAAGGGUGUCCGAUUGUCGUAGUCGACACGCCAGGCCUAUUCGAUCCCGGUCAGUCCAGCAAAAGAGUUCAGCAAGAGCUUGUCAAGUGUGUCAAUUAUUUGGCCCCUGGGCCUCACGUUUUUCUCUUGGUGCUGCGACUCGAUCGCUUCACUAAGGAAGAGCAAGAUACUGUCGACAUACUCAAGAUGUUUUUUGGGGAAAAGGCCAAGGACUACACCAUUGUUGUGUUCACCCGAGGAGACGAACUCGAGGAAGGCCAGACAAUUGAACAACUCAUAGCCGAAGACCGCGAGGGCCGAGUCAGUAACCUUGUGAUGGAAUGUGGUGGACGGUGCCAUGUUAUCAAUAACAAGGACAAGAAAAACCGGGACCAGGUCCGCCAACUGUUGACACUGAUUGAGUCAAUGGUAGCGGAAAACGGGGGCAGCUGCUACGAAUCAAGGCUGUUCCAAGAGGCCGAGGAGGCCAUACAGAAAACAAUGACCAUGAUUCUGAAGGACAGUGAAGAAGAUAUGGCGAGGAAGGAAAACGACCUUGAAAGACAACACAAGGAGCUCAUGAAAGUCACAAUGCAAAGGCUGGAGCGGGAGCGAAAACGUAGCUUUGAAGCUAUAGAAGGUGUCAUCAGUCAAGAGCUGGAGAAGUGCAUGACGGAUCAAGACACAGGAGACCAUGACAAAGACGGAUCCAGAAGUGACACAUCAAUCAAACGAGAGCUAAUACAACAAAAGCAACAGGAAAAACAGCAGCAACGCAAUGAAAAGGAGGCAAAGGUCUUAAAGGAACUACAAGAGAACUUUCAAAAGGAAAUGAGAGAAAUGAGAAAGAUAAACAACGAGCAAGUCAGGAAGCAGGCUGAGGAGAUGAACGAGUUCCGGCAGAGGUACAGCUCCGACUUCCUGAGUCUGCUGGUGAAGCACGGCAGGGAGGUGGAGGAUCUGAAGGAGAAGCAACUGAGAAGUAGAGACAUCCUGAUUCGACAGUUGUGCAUGAAGAAGUCUUACAAGAAGAACUACCAACAACUGAAGCGAAAACAAGACGAGGAAUUAAGUCAGAUGACAAUUUCCCAAUUCAACCAAAACUCUGAAAACCAGGGAAACUUUGAAAGUAUGAGGAAGCGACAUGAAGAAGAAAUAGAAUCCUGGGUUGAGGAGCAUGUGAAGAAGACCACACAGAAAGACUGUAGCAUCUUGUGAGAGACUUCAUUUAGAUUAAUUGUUAUUGCUGAGUCAACAUCUUCUCGUUUCCUUCUGUGGUGGGACUAAAGGACACACACCAUCUCCAAGUAGACAAGACUGAGCUGCUGUUCCUAAUGUAGACCUGUGGUCACUGAAACCAGGGUCCUGGCGGCGUGACAUCACUCCUCCCCACCCACCUCUCUCUGUUGUAGUGCAGUGUGAUGUAAUAGUAAUGAAGACUUCCUUUUGGACUUUAUCGGGUUGGAUCGGUUAGUUGGCUCAUAGAGCAACUUAUUUCUCUUGCUGUUUGAAUGCACUGGGUCACUUUGGAUGCAAGUGUAAUGCAACGACUCAGAUGU